UCCGGCCGCUCGACGCGCCACUUGUCCGCGAUGGUCCGUCUGAGCUGCGCAGUUCUGCUGGUGGCCGCCAGGGCGGCGCUGUGCUGCCCCAACGAGAACUGGCUGGCGCUGGAGGACGGCUCGUGUUACCUGCCGCUGCCGCCCUCCAUCCGCGACGCCACCGCCAACGACGGCAUCGAGAUGUGCCAGCAGCUGGAGCCGACGGCCAACUUCCCGCAGAUCACCAGCGAGGAGCAGCAGGCCGAAGUUCUGGAGCUGAACGGCGGCCACGAGAUCUGGCUGGGUCUGCGCCGCUCCUCGACCAACAGUCCGUGGGUGUGGCCGAACGGGGACGCGGACAUCUACACCAACUGGGCGCCCGAUCAGCCGCGCGACGGCGAGUACAACUGUGUCACCAUGGCAACCAACGGCAAGUGGUUCAACAAGUACUGCGGUGACGACAACACCCUCUCGACGGUCAUCUGCUACUGCCAUGACGACUGAGAGGAUGCACCAGACGCGGAUGGACGGGCGCUGCGCCGAGAGACCGUCAGCUGAUGUGGGGUGUCGCCAACUGAUGUAGGUGGGGAUAGUAGUGAUGUGGGUGAUGUCCCUUGAUGUUAUUUUAGCUGGUGGGAGGCGUGCGAAUAUGACGGCGAUGAGGAGGUACCAAAGUAAGCGUGAUCGUCUUUCAGACAGCGCAUAGAAGCGGUGGAAGUAUGUUUGCAUGCUUCGUUAAUAAAUAUGGAUAAUAACAGAUAAAUAGAUCCUCAAAUAAUUGUACAAAUGGCAUUUGCCUUGAACGUUGAAAACUGCAAUUGGUAAACGGACCGGGGCCGGGUGUAUAUCAAUUUGGACGCCGAAUUCGGUGCGGAACAAUAUUUUGGACGAUAUUCGGUUUUUGUAAAUAUUAGUGACUAAGUA